AUGUACAGACUUCUUUCUAAAACUGCAAUUGCACGCCAAAGUACUACUAGAUUAGCCAAAUCUUAUUCCACUAAUGCAUCUACGUCUUCGAGAAUCAAUUUUAAAUUGGUUGCUGGUGUUGUACCAAUUGCAGUUGCUGUUGGAUACUUGGGCUUUUCAAAUUACAUAAGUAAUGAAACUGUCCUCGGGGUUGCUGAUAAGAUCAGAAAGGAAUUUGAAGAAGGUGAUGCAUUGAGUAAAGAGCAACAAGAGAAGUUUGCCGAUGAACAACAAAGAUUGCGAAACCAAAAGGAAGACAAGGAAAUCGCCAAGAUUGAAAAGCAACAAAGUUUAAACACAAAGAAUGCCGGCGGUCUCGAUAGCACUGAUCCAGCUUCGGAUUCAGAAACUAGGGAAGUUGCUUCAAAAAAAUUGGACGACGAUACCAGCAGACAUGAAGCUAGUGACCCAAAGAAUGUUGAAAAAUCAAAGGAAACCAGACAAGAUCUCAAGGAAAACUUUCAUCCUGAAGGUAAAUCACAAAAGAAACCAACCAAGAAUGAAGGCGACAAAGGUGAAACUGCUUAUAAUCCGGAAACUGGUGAAAUCAACUGGGAUUGUCCGUGCUUAGGAGGUAUGGCUCAAGGCACUUGUGGUGAGGAAUUCAAAGACGCUUUUUCUUGUUUUGUGUUUUCCGAUGCAGAACCAAAGGGAAUUGAUUGUAUCAAAAAGUUUGAGACUAUGAGAAGUUGCUUCAAGAAACACCCAGAGGAGUACAAAGAGGAGUUGUACAAUGGUGAUGAAGAAAAUAGCACUGAAGUUGUAGAACAUGUGGUUUUAGAGGUGGCCGAGCCAGCAGUUAAAGAGAUUGAAGAUGGUCUCGAUUCAGGAAAGAUCAAGCCAAAGAAGUAA